AUGACAUCAGCAUCGACCAGCAUGGAGGGGAUUUUCGCCUCACUGCAGGGUGACCGUAUGAUUGAGCUCUACAUCGCCUCAGAGACGACACCAAUAAAUAUCCAGCAGAGCACUCUCCUGCGGACUUCAGACUACUUCAAAGGAGCCCUGAACCCAAAGUUCCCGGAGGGACGUGAAGGCAAGAUCUUCCUCAGAGACGACGACAUCAGAGGCUGGAAAGUGUUGAUCUCAUGGUACCAAAUCAACCAGUUUCAGGACGAUGUCAUGGCCGAGCUUGUGGACAGUGCUGUAGUGUAUUACUAUUGGACGGCAGAUUCCAAGGACCGCUUCGAGCAGAUCAUCACUGGCACGAUGCCCCGAAAGAUGUAUGCGGAGCGCUUGAUGAUCGAGGUCAUGAUUGGAAACAUUCCUUGGUGCGACCUCAAGUACCUUCAGGGCGAGAACGAUUUCGCGGCGGACAUCCUGGCUGCGAGCAUCGAGGUGGGCCAGAACAGCGACUUGAAAGACCGAGCGAUGAGGACGGACGGUGACGCGGAGGGCAAGCCGCUCUGGCUACGGUACAUGACUGCUGGCUCGAAAGGACCAAGAAAGAUGACCGCGUGA